AGUAUCAACAGUAUUACGGAUAAACAGACAUAUCUUCUUGCUAAGGCCGUAGAACAGCUUUACACUAUUCGGAAUCCACAAUUAGUUCUCCCCCUCUCCAUGCGGGAGAACAUUGUCAUGUACUCGUUCACAAGCAGUAAACUUGGUGCUAACCUAAUGAACCAUGUUUCGCCUGCAGGUUCAUAUAGAACACUUAUAAUCAGGUGCUUGGACUCAUCAGCUGAGGACUCCAUAGCUAUUCCAGCGGGUACCAGCAGGUGUGUGUUUGACAACAAUCAAAUCAUUGGAAAGACAUACACAAUUAAAAGAGACAACAAAGUACCCACCAGUGUGAUGUGUAGUGCUGCAUAUAUCAGCCUCAACGAAGAACUGAAGCCAUCAAAGUGGAUGUGGAAUUCACCUCCAGAAAAAGAAGGAAGCGAUCUUCUUGUAUUUUCAUCAGAUUACGAUGAUUUCUUUCGAGAUACAAGAGAUAAGUUACUGAAACAACAGAUCCAAAAAGUGUAUGAUGAACACAAUCAACAAAGUGAAGAUCACAUAGACAAAUAUGUGCAGGAAAUAAAAGAUGCUCAAACUGAAAAAAUCUGUAUCGAGUGCGGAGGAGCGAAUGAUGUCACUUACAGGAUUUGUCGAGCUUGUAAAGGUAGUUUGGUAAAGCCUCCCGAGCCGGAACUCCAUCUGGAAGGAAACGUAGACCCAUUUCAUGCUUUCGAAGAUGUGAGUUUUACUGAGAAUGGGGCCACUGUGACUCCAGGCGAGCCGGAAUUCGUAAACCCAAACAGCUUCGACACUAUAGUCACCGUGCUCAGAGGGCUAGGGAGAAGGGGCGGCAUCAGGCAGUAUGGAGGAGAAGAGCGGGAAUGGAUGUUUGUAGAAUGCGAUGGACUGCCGUACACGAUUAUGAGGAGCCUCAUCGACAACGUGUGGUUCUGCAGAAGAUGUAAAGAAUGUCACUAUGGCCAAGAAAAACUUGAGGAGCACCCGUGCAAUUUGAUCGGAAAGGGAGAUGUGUACAGGGAGUUUUCCUGGGUUGUCCAAGUUAUGGGAUUACUGCACCUGGAAAUGAAUGUUUCCAGAUCCUUCAUCAAGCUGAACUGGGAAACAUUUGUAUCUACCAUCGCGUACAACUUGGGAUUUAAAUCCGACAAAGCGCAAAAGUACUGCCAAAAAGGGUCAGAUCAUCACAAGACAUUCACCCUACUUGAGAUAUGCUACCUUGCAUUUAGCAAAGAAUUGGUCACCCCAUAUGUUAAAUGCUGUAUCCGCAACAAUGUGCGACCAACAGUAGAAAGAUACUGGCAAUGGCAGGAGGAUUCAAGCUGCCCUAACUACAUCUACAUCCAACAGAUGACUCACUUAUCUGCAUGCUCUCAUGCUGUUCCGAACAGGUGUUCGGAGAAACAACACCGAGAGCAUUCUGGCAAGCAGAGUGAAAUUUACUCCAAGGAUGUAUGGCCAAAACCACCCGAAGUACCAGGAGAUACUUUUUCGAAUUAUGCUAGAUCAGGUACUCAUGCCUCCUGAACUGAAGGAGUUAAUGGCUUCAUUCUGUUCGGUCAGCCGAACUGGGAAAGCAGGUGCUUAUCAGGGAGGAGAUGCUUGCCUUGAAGAGAUCAACAAGGAUGCAAAGUCUUGGAUGAAGUUGACUGGUGUACCCAAUGAUGAGAGGUGGAAACGUGUCUUCAGAAACUUAGAAAAACUGAAAAAGGUGAGAGGAGCAACACUUUCUGAUGUCAUGAUGAGUGACACUGGAACAAGUCAAGCUACAGAAACCAAGGUUUCCAGCAAAGAAGUUGAAAGGACAAGGGCAGUGAUCCGUAAAGCAAAUUAUCUGAUGACUCCGAAAUCUGAAAAAGUGCACACAAGUAUGGACAGGAAGACCAAACUAAACCCUGACCUAGUCAACUUUUCCACUACGGCAAAGGAAAUCACAAAGAACUAUGUAGAAAGUGCAAAAGCGGGCCAUCCCCCCAAGGCAACUGUCAUUCCUGUCACACUUAGCGAUUUAGAAUGAACCAAUGCUGUAGAAAACAUGAACAUCAGUGAAAUCAGAAAGAAAAUACUGGAGAUACUAGAGGGCCUGUCAAUGGAUGUGGCUAAGCGAUAUUAGUCAAUGUACAUGAAAUUUACAUGUAUAUGUAUAUAUAUAUACAUAAACUGAUUUAUGUACAUGUGCUUGCAUAUCAUGGAAUAACAUACUUCCUUGAAUUCGUCGUAUGGCAUCUCCCUUUCCACUCUGAUCAUUUGAUCCCUCAUCUUCAUGUCCGGUCUCCACUGGCAUUUCAUUGUCUAAUAUUUCCAGAAAAAAAAGGAAAAUGCUAUAUUUCACAUGUCAUCAGAAAGAAUUCAUGAAUAAAUAAUGUGUUACAGUCAAACAUUUUAAAUUAUCUGAAUUCAGAUGGAUGAGAUUGAAUUAAACUACCGUAUACAACAGAUUUUUUUUUUAAAGAUUGCAUGAUUUUUAUAAUCUCAGUAAAAUAUGAAAUGUAUGUACCACCACCAUCUCCAUUUGUUACUUCAGCCUCGGACUCUUGAUCUGUCUCUUCUAUUUCAUUGUCAUUGGUAUCUCCGUCAGGGGAAUCCAUGUUCACAUCCCCUACCGUGUCUUCCACCAUGUUAACUCCCUCUUCAAUGCUUUGUCCAGUUGACUGAUCAUCAUUACCUGCAUGAUUAAUAACAAUUAAAUUCAAUUAUAUAACUGGUUCACUGUGCCAAGGACAAGUCGGCCGGCAAGGGCACGGGGUCCCGGCAAACUGCGCUGCCCUCUCGUCCAUUCACCUUCAUUCAGUCAUUGCGUCACAGGAAAAUCAAACACCACGACAUAAACACACAAAAUAACAGCACAAAAUUGCUUUCUACAAAGACUACAUUUUGAAAUUUUACAUACCCAAGUUCAAUGUAUCAUCUAUCAACAUUCCGGCCAUUAAUCCCGCCCGUAAGGCUGACGGUAAAGUUUGAUUUUCCAUUGUUUUACUCAACUUUAUUCGUGAAUGUGAUACUAUUAUUAAGCGCUGUGCAUGUGGAAGGUUAAGGCAAGUGCAAACAAAAGAAAGUGUGUUGGUGUGAACGUGCCGCUCACGUGUGUUGAUGUACCUCUAUUAUUAAAUGUAUUGGUAAUGUGUGUUCGUGUCGACAUAACUUUAUUGUAGAUGAAUGUGUAUAGAUUUUCCAUUUGAUAUUGUGGGUGUAAACGUGCCGAGCUGGCCUGGAUCGAAACUCGGCAAACAAAUCGCUGUUGCGUAACAGACGGUGGAUUUUUGAAGUAGACGGUGAAAAGGGGUAUUUUGACACGAGGAAUCCGAUAAUCACACUUUCAAUCGCCGCCAAUGUACCCCUGAGACCGCAAAUGUAAAUAAAGAAAUUCAGUCUCCGAUACGGGAUAUAGUUGCUGAAAUUGGAGACCCCGCACGUCUCCCAAACCAGAGACGGUCUCCCGCUUGGGAGAUGGUCUCCGAUAUUGGCCGUGCGCCUCUACUGCAGAAGAGAAACACCAAAACAAAGAUGGAUUUCCCUAGGAAAUCCAUCUUUUAAGACAUAAAUGAA